AUGGGAAUACUUGUUCCUUCUAAUGUGCCCAUGGAAUCUACCCCAUUUAAAGGGAUGGAGUUUGAAGCGGAUGAGAUUGCAUAUGAUUUUUAUAACAAAUAUGGCAGAAAGACUGGUUUUAGUAUUAGAAAAGAGUAUGUAAAUAAAUGUAAAAAGACUGGAGUGGUUACUUCAAGGAGAUUUGUGUGCGCGAAGGAGGGAGUUCGAGGCAAAGACAAGAGAGAUCAGAAUGUAAAGAAUCCACGAGUAGAAACAAGAUGUGGUUGUGAAGCACGUUUGGUUAUUGUACUUAAUCGAGAUAGUAAAAAAUGUAUGGUGAGUGAAUUUAUUGCUGAGCAUAAUCACUAUUUCCACCUCCCAUCAACUGUGCACAUGAUGCCAUCACAACGGAAAGUGACUGCAACUCAUGCUAUUGAAAUUGAUUUGGCACAUGAAUUGGGAUUAAGACUAAAGCAAUCUUAUGAGCUUCUUAGUAAGCAAGUUGGUGGAUAUGAUAAUCUUGGUUUUACCAAGCAAGAUCAUAAAAACUACUUACGCAUUAAGCGACAGAGAGACAUGGAGCAUGGGGCAGCUGCUAGCUUGAGAAGAUAUUUCAGUCGUCAACUUAAGGAAAAUCCUUCAUAUUAUUUCGCUACUCAAUUGGACUGUGAAGAAUUGAUUACUAAUAUCUUUUGGGCUGAUGCAAGAAUGAUCAUUGACUAUAGCCACUUUGGUGAUGUAAUAAAGUUUGAUACAAUGUAUAGUACAAAUAGAGAUGCAAGGCCACUUGGAGUAUUUUUGGGUCUCAAUCACCAUAAAGAAACUGUUGUAUUUGGAGGUGCACUUUUAUAUGAUGAAACGAUUGAAUCUUUUGUAUGGUUAUUUGAGACCUUCUUAGAAGCAAUGUCUAAAAAGAAGCCAAUCACUAUUUUCACAAAUCAAGAUGCAGCAAUGUCAGCUGUAAUAAAAGUAGUUAUGCCUAAGACAUAUCAUGCAUUGUGUAGUUGGCAUAUGUGGCAGAAUGCUAAGAAACACUUGGGUCAUUUACUCAAAAAUGAGCCUCAAUUUAACGCUGAUUUCUUAGCAUGUAUCUAUGAGUAUGACGGUGACGAUGAGUUUCUUACAGCUUGGAAUGAAAUGCUAGAUAAGUACAAUGUUUGUGAAAAUAAAUGGCUAAUUGAUCUAUUUAAAUUGAAGGAAAAAUGGGCCCAAGCAUAUGUUAAGAGAACUUUCACUACAGAAAUGAAGACAACCCAGCUUAGUGAGAGUUUCAAUGCUGACUUGAAGGAUUACUUGCGUACUGAUCUCAAUAUAGUAGAGUUUUUCACUCAUUUUGAAAUAGUUGUUAAUCAAAAGCAGGAUAAGGAGUUAGAAGCAGAAUACAACUCUAGAUAG